ACAUAUCUCUCUCUCUCUCUCUCAAGGCACGGCCGAAAAAAGGGCGGAAGGGAAAAGUUCGACACCUCUCGUGCCCUAAUCUAACUCCCCACCCUCUCAUGGUGGGAAAGAUAAGAUCAGCGGUUUAGACCUCCGCUAGCCCUAAUCUUAGAUUCAUUCCUCUUCUUUUCGUUUCUCAUGGGGGAUGCGAUAGGGAAGGAGGUAGGUGGCUUGAUAAGCGAAGGCGUCCUCCCUAUCGUUUCUUCGUGGUCCGUCAUUCGUUCCCCUAGCCUAUCUUCUUGUCAUCGAUGCGGGCUCGGUUUUCCAAUCAAUGGCAGCGUUGACUGCCUCAAAACCUUAGAAAGCCAGUGGCGCGUCGUUCUCCUCUGCCGAGAAUGUUUUGCUUCUGUUAAAUCAGCUGAGGUAUGUUCCUACUGCUUCCUGUGGUUUCCAGAAUUGGAAAAGGGGUUUCUUGAUUGCAAUAUGUGUUCGCGUCGUGUGCACCGCACCUGCGUGUCCCUGCACCACCGUAACUUUUCGCAUACACUGUUCGAUGCGGACAAUUUUAUCUGCGUUGACUGUCGCCCCAUCCCCAAAUUAAGACGAGAAUAUUCUAAAAGUUCUGGAGGUUCCACAUCUCGAACUACUUUCAGUGUUUCAUUGGAUGAUUUUGUUGAAGGGGCAACAUCGAUUUCAGAGAAGAAGGAGACCUCUAAAGGUAAGGCUAGGGAGAAUGAGGCGAAGAAAGUAUUGGUGACAAGGGAUUCGUCUGAGCUUAAGAGGAAAGCAUUUGAUGCUGUUCGUUUGGUGAAAGAGUCUUCUUGCGUCAAUUUAAUUGUCCCUGAUGAGAAGAUGGCUCUUAGUUUGCAUCAAACAAUAAAUGGAUCACAGAGGAUAUCCAGGAGUUUGUGCCCUAAGGGCGUGAGUCAGGUUACUGUCCCAAGGAAAGAGCAAUGUAAAUAUAAUUCUGCUGUUAGGAUUAUUGACUCUAAUUCUUGUGCCCAUCAUGGCAAGAUUAAUGUUAGUACUGAGAAUAAAUCCCUUCAAGAGGAUUUAGGCGUUUCUGAAUCAAUUUUGACUAAUGGUCCAUUAUUUAGGCAGGAGAAUAGUGAUCUGACUAAUCAAGUUAGGGGAUGCACCACAGGUUAUCCUGACGAUGUUUCAUUGAAUGAGAUGGAGGGCUCUCUAAAGUUUCCCAAUUGUGCUGAUGAUGGCAGUAAUUCUGGCGGCCUUGCGUUGUUACCAUGUCAUAGUUUGAAUACUUCGUUGAAGAGUACAAUGCCACUUAUAAAGUCCAGAUUCGAUGAUUGUGAUGGAGAAAGAUCAUAUAAACUGCAGCGAAAGAGUAUUGAUUUGAUUGGUCUAAAUGGGUCUUUGAAGAAAUAUUUCAGGAAAAGUUGGUGCUCUGGAAGAACUAUGCGGGAGAAUUCUCAUUCAAUUUUUAGUGGUAGUCCAUUAUUUAAGCAGGAGAAUGGAGAUCCAAUGAAGCAACAUAUGACCUGUGGGACAGAUGGCCCUAGUGAUUUCGCCUUGCAAGAGAAGGAGAGCUCUCAGAGGUUUCCAGAUUCUAUUGAUGAUCGAAGUAAUUCUAACUCUACAUUGUUACCAUGUCAUAGUAUGAAUGUUUGGUUGAUCGGUACAUCACCAGCAGGAAAGCAUAGAUUUGGUGAUUGUGAUAAAUUGGAAUACUCUAAACUUAAGCGAAGAAGCAUUGAUGUGAUUGGUCUGGAUAGGCCUAUGAAGAAAUAUUUCAGGAAACAUUGGGAUUCUGGAAGAACUAUUCAAGGGAGUUCUCAUCCAAUUUUGACUAAUAAUCCAAUAUUUAAGCAAAAUAAUACGGUAUUGAUGAAGCGAACUAGAGAGUGCAACAUAGGUUGCUCAGGAGAUUUUUCCCUGAAGGAUAAGGAGAGCUCUCUAAAGUUUCCAGAUUCUACUGAAUAUGUUAGUAAUACUGACUCUGCAUUGUUACCACAUCAUAGUUUGAAUACUUGGUCUAAUAGUUCAAUGGCAUUAACAAAGUACAGAUUUGGUGAUGGUGAUGGAGGUGGAUCCUCUAAACUACAGCGAAAGAGCAUUGACGCAAUGGCUUGUAGGUCUAUGAAGAAAUAUUUUAGGAAACAUUGGAGCUCUAUUGAUGCAAUAGUUUCAGAUAAGAAGGGGAAUUCUGAAUCAAUUUUGGUUAAUAGUCCAUUAUGUAAUGAGAAUGAGGAUCUUACGAAGCAAACUAGGGGAUGCAAUACAGGCAACAUAGGGAUUAUUUUCUCAAACGAGGAGGUGAGCUCUUUACAGUUUCCAGAUUAUACUAAUGAUGGUAGUAAUGCUGGCUCUGCAUUGUUUCCUUGUCAUAGUUUGAAUAGUGGGUUAAAUAAUACAUUUCCACUAACAAAUUAUAGUUUUUGUGAUGGUAAUGGAGAGAGAUCCAAAAAACUGCAACGAAAGCCUAUUGAUGCAAUAGUUUCAAAUAAUAUGAAGAAGUAUUACAGAAAACGUUGGGGUUCUAAAAGAAUUAUGCAUGGGACUUCACAAUCAAUUUCAAUUAGUAGUUCAUUAAUUAAUCAGGAGAAUGGGGAUCUGAUGAAGCAGAAUAGAGAAUGCAACACAAUUUGCCCAAGGGAUUUUCCAUUGAAGGAGGAGAUUUCACUGAAAUUUCCAGAUUCUACUGAUGGUGGCAGUAAUAUUAACUCUGCAUUGUUACAAUUUCAUAGUCUGAAUACGUCUUUGAAUAUUACAAUGCCACUAAUAAAGUAUACAGUUGGUGAUGAGGAUGGAGUGGGAUACUCUAAAUUGCAGCGAAGGAGCAUUGACGCAAUAUGUUCAGAUGCGUCUUUGAAGAAAUAUUUCAGAAGAAAUUUGGGUUCUUGAAGAAAUAUGCAAGGGAAUAACUCUUAGAUUCCACUUUGACAGCCAAGCUGCUCUUGGGUAUUGUCGGUUUUUUCUGUUGCUACUGAUAUACUGGUUGCAUUCUUCGGAAAGCAAUUUGUAAAGAUGCCACUUGCGGUAGACAGAUCUUUUCCUUGGAUGCAAGAAGUGGUCAUCAUGCUUCUUUUACGAGGGUUCAUGAGGUGUCCAAGCUGCUUUGGUGUAUGAUGCAGGAAUUUGUUCCUCACGUCAAGUACUGCUGACUUCAAGAUUGGAGUUUCUGCAAGGAAUACUGUGCAGGAAAGUCAAGCCUGGUGAAUGAAGGAAAACAAGACAAGUUUCAGAGUAUAGAUAUUAAAAGUAUGAACACUUAAUUUCAGUUUCAGUUAUCUUUUAUUAUGAAUAAUCACGAGCAAGUUCAGAUUGAAAAAAUUGAAAGAUAAAAACAGAAGUAGCAACUAAAAUAGAUUACUUACCAGAAUGCUUUUGAUUAGAGUAAACGGGUUUCUUAAACGAGCAAAGAACAAAUGAGGUAUGUUAUACAGCCAAAGAUCUCAUAUAAAUUUAUUGUCUUGUUUGUGAAAUCGGAAUUGGCAGAAUACAUGGAAGCAAUUUUAUUGGGAGCAAAACUUGACUCUAUUAAUUGAUUAUUUUUUGAAUUUUUUUACCAGUCAAGUGAAAGAUAUAUUCUACUUGUUGGCCUUGGUACAUGGAUUAUUACAGUUUACUUUUUAGUAAGCCAAACACUAGAAAGAUAUUCUACUUAUUCUCUCUAUAUUAUAGACAUGUUUUAUGGCCUAAUAAGCAUGAAGUACUUGUUUCCUUUGCAAGUCGGUAAUGAUUCCAAUUCCUCAAGAAAAAAAAAAUCAUAAUUAAUAUUCUCUCAAGUCAUACUCUUGAAGUGAAUGAAUAAGGUGUGAUGUUGUUUUCUUCCAAUAUCUGAAUUUAUUUUUAUUUUGUUUAUUAUCAAGAGACCACGAACAAGAUAUUGACGAGGCUUAACCACUAACCAAAAAUGUUUUAUACUCUUCUCGCAUCCCACUAACCUUCCUUAUAUUUUCAAUUUUAAUUUUUUUCUUAUGUAACAAUUACUGGUUAUAUUUUGAUGCGGUUAUGGCACAACAGAAUUUCAUAUAAAUUCUUUCUCUGGAAAGCAGUAAGCGUCAACACCACAAAAAUCUACCAUCAAAGACUAAAGGGGCUUGGCUUUAUAUGUUCCCCGUGGAUGGAGAAAGCCAUUGGGCAAGUAGAAUAGCUGGGCAACUGUAACACUUGAACAAUUUGCAGAGAACUGCUUUGGAAAGGUGUUCUUGGAGCCAAAUUUGGAGCAAUAGGGUGUUUCUGAGAGCCAGCUUUAUUCCUCUAGAGAUCAUGCUACAAAAGUUCCUUCUCAAAUAGGAAUAGACAUUGCAUAGUGCAAAAUGGUCUCUUAUCCAGAAGAAAUCUGUUGAAGCUGCAUUUUUCUUGGGGAACCCUUGGUUUGCAAAAGCAUCUUACUUUUUGGCUUCGUUUGGUUCCCCUAAGUUUUUUUCAUUCUUAAAUAGAGGUAUUACAAUGGAGAAAUAGAAUUUUUUUUCUUCUCGAAUCAGCGAAAAUAUGGAGGUAUAUCAAGAGGUGUUUUGAAAAAGUCGCGUAAAUAAACAUUAAAAUAGUAACUUUUUCAUCGAUUGAAAUCGGAAACGGAAAACUUACGGACGACCAAACGAGGCCUUUAUUGGCUACCGUGACAGUAUAGGAGGAAUUUGCUCUACUAAUAUGAUUAUAUUGGAGAAUACUCCUUGCAGGAAUUAUACAGGAGGCUAUCCUAUUUUAUUUUUUCUCCUAGAUGGCAAGCUGGUGAAGAGGUAAUCUAAUGAAGCCUACUGAAUAAAUGUAGUAAUAGUUCAACCAGUCAGUUUGUAAAGGAAUUUGGAAGUAAAUGAUUUAAUAGAUUAUGUUGGAAUAGGAAAUUGGUCCUAGUUUAGCGAUUUUGAAAGAGUUAAUUAUUUUGAAGAUUUUGUUAAAAUGCCCAAAUAUCAAUGUUAUAGGAGCAUUGUUUGCCUAAGAUUGUUUGGGACUCUGUGAAAGUGUUUGAGAUUGCUAAAUUGAAAACCGAUUGGAAUUGUUUAAUGUUUA